AUGCAGUCCAUACAACCCUCCCAUCUGUAUCAACAGAUUGUAGAUAAUUUACCAUGGAAAUCCGGGGAUCCCUCGGUCAAAGGUGAUCCAAGGAAAAGUGUUAAGUGGAUCGAUGGUCUACGAGGUAUUGCGUCCUUCCUUGUCGUCCUCACUCAUUUGGCCCGAGGCUGGGACUUCGAUCUGUUUGCCCCCCGGGACGAUCGCGAUGCGACGCCGCGAGUUCUCCAAUGGCCCAUUCUUCGAAUUCCUUGGCAGGGUCGAAUAGGUGUCACCAUCUUCGCCUUCUUGACCGGAUAUGUUUGUGCCCUGAAGCCCAUCAAGCAGUCUCGCACCGGAGACGUGAUGGGCGCCUUCACCUCCGUCGCCAAAAGUGCCUUCCGUCGUCCUCCUCGUCUGAUCUUCCCGGCUACGAUUGCGUUGGUCAUCUCAUGGGUCAUGGCUCAAUGCGGGGCAUUCGUCACCGCCAACCGGUCCGACUGCUGGUGGUGUCGUUACGCAGCAGUCGACCUGGAGGACUCCUUCUGGCGUGAGGUCGUUCGGCUAUUCGAGAAUUUCCUCAGCACCUGGACCACGGGAUUCCAGGCAUAUGAUGACCACCAGUGGGCCCUGCUCCCUCUACUUAAGGCCUCCAUGUUGGUCUACAUUUUGCUCUGUGCGACGAUGUAUGUCAAAUUUCGCUACCGUAUCGGCAUAUAUAUUGCCAUGAUCCUGUAUUUCCACCAGGACGCCGCUAAGGACACGGAGACGUUUCAAAUUCAAGCCAUUUACGGCAUGUUCCUGAGCGAUCUCUCCUACGAAACAUCCUUCAAAGAGUUCGUCGAGCGACACAAAUGGCCUCGGAGGAUCGUGGCCGCCUUUUGUGGCAUUGCCGGCCUCUUGAUCGCCUCCUACCCCGGGUCGCAUCCCGAAUGGUCCGCCUGGUCCCGGUACAUGUACCUGAUGGCGCAGUACAUCUUCCCGCCCAACACCAAUGUCGGCAAACGUUACACGGCCAUCGGGAUCGAUAUGAUUAUCAUGUCCAUCUAUCUCUCGCCCUCGACUAAGGAAUUCCUCGCCAACCGUCUGCUCCUCUGGCUUGGCAAACAGAGCUUUGCGGUGUACCUGAUCCACGGCACUCUGCUCCGUACAGUCCUUUGCUGGAUGCUGUACGGCAUUUCGGGCCAACCGUGGGAAGACAUCGUGGACGACAACGGGAACCCGAUCUACGACCAGGACGGCGAUAUCAUCCAACCCCCGUAUAUCCCGCUCCGUCCCCCCUGGGUCGUGGCUAUCAGUAUUCCCGUUUGGAUUGCGCUGGUGUACUUCUGUGCGACACUGUGGACCGGUUACGUGGACCCGUUCUGUGCGCGGAUGACCCUGAAGCUAGAGAAGAAGAUGUUCGAAGAGGAUGAAAAACCCUCGCCGGCGCUUCCGUUGACCUCAAUCUCUCUGCCUACGACUUAA